AGUUUCUCCAUCUUGAAGGAGGAUUGAUUAGUAGAUUUGCGGAAUCCUUGAGUUGGUUUCAAGGCGUGGACGUAGGUUUGGUGCCGAACCACGUUAAUAUUACCGUUCCGUUUUGUUCAGUACUUCUGUUGGUGCUUCAUCUUCUUCGUGUUCUGGGACUGCAUCCAUGGAAGAUGAAGGGUGGGUUAUGGUGCCACGUCCCACAGAGAAGUACUGGUGGAAAGCCACUUCAGUGGAAACAGAAAAAACCUGCAAGCCGCUCAAAGUUAGGUUUUCUGCCCCGGCAAAUCACUGGACCGACGCCGUUCCAAUCGGUAAUGGCCGCCUUGGAGCCAUGGUGUGGGGCGGCGUCGCGUCCGAGAUCCUCCAGCUCAAUGAUGAUACUCUAUGGACGGGCACUCCGGGGAACUAUACUGACCCAGAUGCUCCAAAGGCGCUGCCAGAGGUCAGAAAACUUGUCGAUAAUGGCCAAUAUGCAGAUGCUACUGCAGCGGCGGCCAAGUUGUUGGGAAAUCGUGCUGAUGUUUACCAGCUUCUGGGCGAUAUAAGGCUAGAAUUUGAUUAUUCCGAUGCUGGUUAUAGAGAAGAAACAUAUAAAAGAGAGCUAGAUUUAGAUACUGCGACAGUAAUAGUAAAAUAUUCCGUGGGUGAUGUGGAGUUCACAAGGGAACAUUUUGCCUCAAAUCCCGACCAAGUGAUUGUUACCAAAAUUUCUGGAAGCAAACCCGGAUCUGUGUCCUUUACAGUAUAUCUCGACAGCAAGUUAAAUCACCAUUCACGAGUAAACAGAAAUGCUCGGAUUGUUUUGGAGGGAAGUUGUCCUGGUAAAAGGGUCUCAGGGAAAAUGAAUGUAAAUGAUAAUCCAAAAGGAAUCCAGUUUUCUGCAGUUCUUGAUGUGCUGAUAAGUGACAGCAGGGGCGAAAUAUAUGUUCUGGAUGAGAAGAAGUUGAAGAUUGAAGGUUCAGAUUGGGCUAUUUUGCUUCUGGCAGCAUCAUCUUCAUUUGAUGGGCCUUUCACUAACCCAUCAGAUUCUAAAAAGGAUCCUACUUCAGAGUCCCUUAGCAGAUUAAAUAUAAUAAAAAAUUUUUCAUAUUCUGAUCUGUAUGCUCAUCAUUUGGAUGACUAUCAGGAACUCUUUCAUCGAGUUUCAUUGCAGCUUUCUAAAAGCUCCAAGAGCAUUAAAAGAGAUGGGUCUUUGGAGAUGAAGAGAUUUAUGUCCUCUAUGGAGGGUUUAUUUUCUGAAGGAAGUGAAGAUGACACAAUUCCAACUGCAGAAAGAGUGAAAUCAUUUCAAACUAAUGAAGAUCCUUCCUUGGUGGAGCUUUUAUUCCAGUAUGGUCGAUAUUUGCUUAUUUCUUGUUCACGGCCUGGGACCCAGGUGGCAAACUUGCAGGGGAUAUGGAACAAGGAUACUGAGCCGAUGUGGGAUGGUUCUCCCCACUUGAAUAUUAAUCUUCAAAUGAAUUAUUGGCCUUCUCUUCCUUGUAACCUAAGCGAGUGCCAGGAGCCCUUGUUUGACUAUAUAGCCUCUUUGUCAGUCAAUGGGAGUAAAACUGCAGAAGUGAACUAUGAAACAAGAGGUUGGGUCGUACAUCAUGUGUCUGAUAUAUGGUCCAAAACUGAUCCCUACCGAGGUGAGGUCGUGUGGGCCUUGUGGCCAAUGGGUGGAGCAUGGCUUUGUACUCAUCUAUGGGAGCAUUAUGCAUACAUGAUGGACAAAGGUUUCCUAGAAAAUAAGGCAUAUCCCUUGUUGAAAGGAUGUGCCUCCUUUCUAUUGGACUGGUUGAUUGAAGGCAAUGGAGGAUAUUUGGAAACCAAUCCAUCAACUUCUCCAGAGCAUAUGUUUACUGCACCAGAUGGUAGGCCUGCUAGUGUGAGCUACUCAUCAACCAUGGACAUGGCGAUUAUAAGAGAGGUCUUUUCUGCAUUUGUUUCUGCGGCUGAGGUUUUGGGAAAAAAUGAUGAUGAUUUUGUUCAAAAUGUCUGUGUGGCUCAGUUGAAGCUUUAUCCAACAAAAAUUUCUGGAGAUGGUUCCAUUAUGGAAUGGGCACAAGACUUUGAAGACCCAGACGUGCAUCACAGACAUUUAUCUCACUUAUUUGGUCUAUUUCCAGGGCACUCAAUAACUAUUGAGAAGACUCCUGAUCUUUGUAAGGCUGCGGAAUAUACACUCCAUAAAAGAGGAGAAGAUGGUCCUGGAUGGUCAACUACAUGGAAAACUGCUUUAUGGGCACGUCUACACAACAGUGAGCAUGCAUAUAGGAUGAUCAAGAAAUUGAUCAACUUGGUAGAUCCUGAUCAUGAGCAAGCAUUCAAAGGAGGGCUUUACAGUAACUUGUUCACUGCACACCCUCCUUUCCAGAUUGAUGCCAACUUUGGUUUUUCAGCGGCAGUUUCAGAAAUGCUUGUCCAGAGCACCACAAAGGACCUGUACCUACUCCCUGCUCUUCCCCGGGAUAAAUGGGCGAACGGUUGCGUGAAAGGAUUAAAGGCACGCGGCAGAGUGACAGUUAGCAUCUGCUGGAAUGAAGGUGAUCUCCAUGAGGUUGGUAUUUGGUCAGAAGACCAAGACACCACUAAAAUUUUACAUUAUGGUACAAAAACGGUUGCUGCAAAAUUGUCUUCUGGGAUUGUAUACACCUUCAACAGUCAAUUAAAAUGCAUCAACACGCACUCUCCCUCAGAAGCAGCUUUCUUUGAAUGCUAAUGAGCUAGCAAAGUUCUCAUCACUGCGCUCUAUCCAUGUACAGAAAUAAAAUUAGAAGGACUAUUUCUCCA